AUGCGCAGGGUUCCUCGUAAAAUUCCAGGACGUCCAUCGAUUCAAUUAUCGGAAGAAGCUGAUGAUGAUGAGAUUCGAUUCCAGUUUCAUCUGUUGCUGACUGAAAAGAUCUAUCCUACCAUUGCUAUUCUUCUUGAACGUCUUCUCUCAGCUCACAAAGAUUUUCCAGUUCGUUCAGAAACAGCUCUUUGGCGACAUAUACAUCGAUCAGACUUUACCUAUCAAAGGACAAGCAAAGUAAAGGUAGUACUUGAUGACAACUCUUUCGUUGCUCAACGAGCUUGUUAUUUUCGCAAAAUUAAUGAAUUACGAAAAGCUGAUGCCUUAAUUUUGUUUCAUGAUGAAACUUGGGUUAAUAUUAACUACGAGAAAAGAUCAAUAUGGAUUGAUGAUUCUGGCAAAGGAAGACUUAGAAAAGCAGAUGGAAAAGGUACUCGAUUGGGAAUAUCCGCUAUGAUUGAUAAGAGUGGUUUUCAUCUGCAUUCUGUCGAUAUCGUUGAUUGUUCAAAAGAUCAUUCGAUGACGUCACCAUACUUUAGUGAAUGGAUUAAAAAGGCAGCUUUUCGUCUACGAGAAGACAACGGCCCCAGCCGACGAAUCGCCAUAGUCAUCGACAAUGCCACAUGGCAUUCAGAGCUUACGGAAAGUACUAAGCCUGCAAAGACAUCGAUGCGGAAAAAUCAGAUAAUCGAAUGGUUGCAAAAUCACGACAUCGAAUUUGAUCCAACGUUAAAGAAAUCAGAAUUGUUAGAGAUUGCUUCGGAAAAUAAGCCCGGAAAAAAAUAUAAGGUAUAAGCUGUUUCAUAAUAUUUACAUGUUUUCAAUCUAUAUUCAUUAGAGUGAUGAAGUUGCACAAGAAUUCGACAUACAAAUCGUGCGGCUCCCAGUGCGACAUUGUUCAUUAAAUCCCAUUAAACUCGCCUGGGCUGUAUUAAAAGAUUAUAUUCGCAAAAACAAUACCAACUUUACAAAGAGCAGCGUUUAUGAAUUAGCCGCCGAAUUUAUCGGCGGUUUUGAUGACAACGCUGCACAAGAUGCCAUUCGCCAUGCUGAAAAUGUUGAAAUGAUGUACAAAACAGCAGAUAAUUUUGUAGAAAAUAUUGUUGAACCACAAUUAAUCGACGACGUAUCGGACAUCGAGAUUGAUAAUCUUUCCGAUGCUAGCGAUGAUAGCACGAAGAUUUGAGUACGUUGUUGCUUGAUUCGUUGAACAAUAAAGUUUCAUCAAUCCAAGCACUGACAAAUAGAAGAGACGAUGUGUGGUGAACAGUGUCAUUUGUAUCAGAUUUGGAAGAAAACGAUAAAACGUAGUAGUGAUUGAAGUCAAUUAUGCCUGAAUGACAAACUGCUUGUUGUUA